UCUCACUUUUCGCACUUCGCCUCCUAGAGCUUUCACUGGUCAAAUUCCUCUCUCUCGCUAUCCAGCCCUCCGAGCCAAGUAAGUUUCCCCUUCCUUCUCUACUUUCCCGGUCAUGUCUUCUCUUAGCGAUAGGAUCUCUUCCUCAGAGGACUGCUCCUCUGAGGACUCCAACUCCUCUUCUUCGACCGAGUCUUCUUCUCUUAACUCCACGCCCGGUCAGGUUCCCAACUCCUCCAUUCCCGACCCGCAUCCUGUAAAUUAGAUGCCUGGUGAAACUUUCGUGGGGAGGGAUGACACGGUUGAUGACGAACCAGGUCCCUACAACCCUGAACACGAAACCCGGGAUGCGUGGGAGGAGCGGCUUCAUGCUGCCGGUUACUUUCCGCUCCCCACCUUCUACGUCCUUGACAUCCCUUCCCGUGCAUCCAAAAUCGCCUUGAACAAAAUUCGCAGGAGGCUCCCGGAUGGGUAUACCCUCCUGUAUGAGCCCAACUGGCCCAACAUUGUCGAACCCCACCGGGAGGACAGGAUAGGGUUCCACACCAUAUCCCUGGAUGCGGGCAUAGUUUUUCCCCUUCGCCCCCUCCUAACCGAAGUAUGCCACGCGUUUAGGAUUUUGCCCGGUCAAAUAACACCUAACGCCCACCGGUAUCUUCAUUCCUUUGUAAAUAUUUGUACUCAUCUGAAAAUCUUCCCCUCUUUGCGUCUUUUCCUUUUUUGCUUCGAAGUCCUACCGGGCGGAUCCGGCUGCGAAGGUUUUGUAUUCUUCAAAGCCCGUACCGGUAGGAAGUUCAUUUCCGAAGUCCCCCAGAGUAACCGGGGAUGGAAGGAAAAAUUUGUUUUCAUCGAUUUUCCCCCUUUUGUCACUCCUUUGGCCGGUCUGAACUGGAACGACCAUCUGCUCGACCAAGAGUACACUGCACCAGCUUCCUCCCCAGACUUGGAAGCGAAUCUUGAGGUCCUCAUGCGCGGGGAUCCUUUCACCGGGAGGACCUUCCAUUAUGGCAGCUGGGUUUGGAGGGUCGAAUCGGGUGGCGAGGGCACCUCCCCGGCCCAUGACGCAGCGGGGCACGGGGUCCCCUCCCCGGGCAACACUGCGGAGGCUGAGGGCAACUCCCACCCAGAUAUGGAGUUUGAAGAGUUCGCCAUCCCCGACGACCAACCAGCGGGAGAUAUUGGGGGCUCCCAAGCCAACCCCGGCAGAACCUUCCCGGUCCACCAAGAGACCGUGGAGAUUCUGGAUGAGGACGAGCCCCAAGACAACUGGUCUAAGGGGAAGGACAAGGAAAAGCCCGGUCGUCGGAUGAAGAAGGCGGGGGAGAUCGGAACCCUCUCAGCUGACCGGCUUGGUCUGGGCUCUUCUUCGGAGUUUGCCCGGCUGAAAAAGGAGAAGGAGGAGAUGGCUCUCAUCCUCAAGAGCCAAGCUGAUGAGCUGACCAGGCUAUCCGGGCUGACCGGGUCGAGGAGGGCGGAGAUCUCUCACCUCAAGGAAGAGAAUGGCCGGCUGAUGGAUGAGGUGUUUGAAGCCAAGAGGGAGAUGGCGGAGAAGGAAGAAACCUUCCCCGGGCGUGCAGCUGCCUGGGUGGAAGAGAACAAAGCUGAAGCUGCCCGGGUGAUGACGGCGACUCCCGAGACCACGAUGGAGUCCUUCAGGCUUCUAUACCGGGAGCUUGAAGGAAGGAAGAUGAUUACCGCGAUUGGAUCCUUCGGAUUCAAGAGCGGUCAAAAGAAGGACCGGAUCGCCUCUCACCGGGUACUGCUCAGAAGAGAUCCGGACUUCACCGCUGCAUCCUACGGCUUGGCCUCUAUCCCGGAAGAAGAGCUGACUCCCCCCUUCCCCCUUGACUAAUCUCCCUGGCUUCGCCCGGUUAUUUUUGUAAAACUUUUAGCACAAAUUUCCCCGGGUAUGCCCGGCGUACUUGUAAACAUU